AGGAAACCAUUUCGCAAAACUUGUGGUGACCGCCGCCCAUUCAAAUAUUAAACACUCGGGUUCCCAGGCAACAAUCACACAUAUUCGCCAAAGAUUUUGGAUUCCACAAAUUCGGCCGUUUGUGAGAUCGAUACUGAGAAAUUGUGUUGUCUGUCGGUUAGUGUGUGGAAAACCCUACAGGAAACCGAUUCCUGCACCCCUACAAGCAUGUAGAUUACGUAAUGCUCCACCCUUCACCGUUACAGGUGUGGACUUUACCGGAGCCGUGUUUGUCUCGGUAGAGAAGUCAGAGCGGAAAGCCUAUAUCUGUUUAUUCACAUGCGCUGUGACUCGGGCUAUUCAUUUAGAAUUGGUUAUGGAUCUCUCUACCGAUACAUUUUUACGUGCCUUCAGACGGUUUGCUGCGAGGCGUUCAUUACCUAGUAAAAUUAUUUCGGACAAUGGAUCAACGUAUCUUUCCGCAGCUAAAGAAAUACAGGAAUUAUUCGAGUCAGCGUCAAUUCAAAACUACUUUGCAAACCACCGCAUGGAGUGGUCCUUCAUACCAAAACGUGCCCCUUGGUUUGGAGGAUUUUGGGAGAGACUUAUUG